AUGAGUCUCUGGAUCGUCCCUGGAGAGCUAACAAUGAAAGUGGAGUGCACAUUUGUGAAGAACGUUUCUCCUGGAAUGGCGACUAAGCUGGUACCGGCUUUUCUACUAUGGAAUGAACAUCCAGAUGCCAGAGACCUGUAUAGAGGAUGGAGUGGUGACCAGAGAUCGGUCUGUGGUAAUUAUUAUUCGGGUGACUGCUGUAAUUACAACACAAAACCCAUCAGAGUGAAAGCGUGUCCAGGAAAUUACUAUGUCUAUGAACUUGUGAAACCACAAAUCGGAUGUUCAGGAUAUUGCACAGAUGUCAGCACCAUUUCACAGCCAAAUUCCACCGUAAGUCCAAAUAUAAUUACUGGAGCCAGCAAUACCUCGAAUUAUGACCCGUGCAAUAACUACAACAUACUCGACAACUACCGGAGAAGCACACUAAAUUACUGGUCUAUGUAUGGCUCUGCAAAUGGACUUGAUGACACUCGUGUAGAAUGGGAUGGCUGGUAUCGACUCUUCGUUAAUGGAGCAAGUGCUCAGAUGCCUGAGUGGUGUUUUUAUUACAUGUCAUGUGGAGGUUUUAGUGCUCUGUAUCUUGGUGGCUCUCAUCCUCGUCUUGAAGAUGGAGUUGUUACUCGUGAAAUUUACGGCUCUCGCUAUCAUCAGUGCAGUUACUACAGAUCUGAACCAAUCCAAGUUAAAGCUUGUCCUGGAGAUUAUUAUGUCUACAAAUUUACCAGACCAACUCUUUCAAUCCCAGCUCCUGUAUAUUGUGCAGCAUUGUUAACCACCCCAAGUGUUGACCCCUGCUACAACUACACCAGUCUGGAUGAGCCUUGGAGAGCCACUGACCAUUCUAACAUUUUAAAGUGUGAUUAUAGUGUGGAGUGGAAUGGCUGGUACAGGAUGUUCUACAAUGGUCAAAAUACUCAGAUGACAGAAUCAUGUGUAAAUCAUGGCAUGUGUGGCACUCAUUACCCGUUGUCACUCAGCGGCACUCAUCCACAGCUGGAAGAUGGAGUGGUCACCCGUCAGGUCUGUUUCUCAGUGGGUGGCUGCUGUGCUUACAGAUCCCACCCUAUAAGAGUCAAAGCCUGUCCUGGAAAUUACUAUGUUUAUGAGUUUGUCAAGCCAAUAUUUUGCGGUGCUUACUGUGUAGAAAUAUUUUAUCCAUUCGGCUCAGCAGCUGGAGACACAAUAAAUGCUGCUGCUGAUGAUGGAAGCUCCUCAGUUAUUCAGCUGUUGAGUCCAUUUCUGUUCUUUGGCCGCACACACCAGCAGAUUUAUGUUAAUAAUAAUGGACACCUCACAUUCAACCAGCCUUCAUCAUCAUAUGUUCCCUACUCAUUCCCCGCUAGAGGAAGCCAAGAUAUAAUUGCAGGUCUCUGGACUGACCUCGACAACAGUGUGAGAGGUUUUGUUUCAUAUCAUCAGUACACCAGUGGAAAUGUCCUCACACGGGCCACUCGGGAUAUAAACACACAUUUCCCAAAUCUGACCUUCACUGCUUCUUGGGUCUUUGUUGCAACAUGGGAUAAAGUCUCUUACUUCAAUUUAACCAACACAGAAAUAUCGUUUCAAGUGGUUUUAAUUUCAGGCGGUAAUUUUUCAUUUCUUCUGAUGAAUUAUGGUGACAUUGCUGUAACAGGACAUCCACUGCAGGCUGGUUAUGACACAGUAAACUCCACACACUACUUUGUGAUUCCCGAAUCAGUCAAUGGCAGCUUCAUCUCAAACCUCAGGAACUCCAGUAAUGUCAAUGUUCUCGGUCGAUGGGUCUUCAGGGUGGACGGUGAACCAAGAAACAGCAUCUUGAACAUUGCUUUCAGCAACAUCAGCAGUGAUCCCUGCUACAACUAUGAGUCUCUGGAUCGUCCCUGGAGAGCCAACAAUGAAAGUGGAGUGCACAUUUGUGAAGAACGUUUCUCCUGGAAUGGCUGGUACCGGCUUUUCUACUAUGGAAUGAACAUCCAGAUGCCAGAGACCUGUGUUAGUUCAUACAGCUGUAACACACACAUCAGUCUGUGGCUCAACGGUUCUCACCCUAAGAUAGAGGAUGGAGUGGUGACCAGAGAGGUCUGUGGUAAUUAUUACUCGGGUGGCUGCUGUGAUUACAAGACAAACCCCAUCAGAGUGAAAGCGUGUCCAGGAAAUUACUAUGUCUAUGAACUUGUGAAACCACAAAUCGGAUGUUCAGGAUACUGCACAGAUGUCAGCACCAUUUCACGGCCGAUUUCCACCGUAAGUCCAAAUAUAAUUACUGGAGCCAGCAAUACCUCGAAUUAUGACCCGUGCAAUAACUACAACAUACUCGACAACUACCGGAGAAGCACACUCAAUUACGGGUAUUGGUUUGGCUCUGCAAAUGGACUUGAUGACACUCGUGUAGAAUGGGAUGGCUGGUAUCGACUCUUCAUUAAUGGAGCAAGUGCUCAGAUGCCUGAGUGGUGUUUUUAUUACAUGUCAUGUGGAGGUUUUAGUGCUCUGUAUCUUGGUGGCUCUCAUCCUCGUCUUGAAGAUGGAGUUUGUUACUCGUGA